GGGUCCUAGCGGCUGGUGGUUAUGUAUCUCGCGUCGUCGUUGCGCGUCCUGAUCAGGAUGAUCGAGCCGCACGACCAUCGUCGCCUCGCGGUGAGAUAAAUCGGCACCACUAGCUCUAAUCCGACUUGAAACUUGGAACCGCGAAUAUUCAUUCGCAGACUCCGGUCGGUGAUCUCGGCGUGCUCGGCGUGCUCGGCGAGCUAUGCGAGCCCGCGAACGCGCCACGCUCGCGCGCGCCUGCCGGGACUACCGCUACGAGUGUCAUUCACCGUUGACGCGCAUCCCGGUGCUUUGAGAUACGGGCUCUGCACUCAUACGCGUACCGCACACACAUACAUACACAUAUAUAUCUACACAUAUGUAUGUAUAUGUAUAUAUAUAUAUAUAUAUACGCAUUAUAUGUAUAUAUAUAUAUUCAUACUACUGGGCGGCGGAAGUGUUUUGCUCGAUCUUCCUCGUCGCGCGCGCAGUCUAUACGCUCUACGGGAGUCUUUAGAUUGUUUCUCUCGCUCUCGCUCUUCUCCCUCGCCACUGCUGCUGUGGCGCCGGCCUACCGAGGAAGGCGAUCCGCGCUCGUCCCGUUUCUGCGAUUGACUUGACUCUUGAACAUCGACCAACGUCAAGCUUCCGUGUCCCGCCCUGGACACACUGAUUCGUCCGAUUCGCCCGCCACACGACGGGUUAUGUUUCCUACUUUCAUCGGGAUCCUAGACAUUCAAUCGUGGUGGGAGGUGCCAAGUAUAGCACAUUUUUGCUCAUUAUUUAGAGCUGCCUUCAAUCUUCUGGAUUUUGAUAUUGAGGAUUUAGAAGAAGCUUUAUUAACGGACGGAGAUACCGAAGGACGACUGCUUCAGGAACUAAUAGUGAAGUUAUUAGAAGGUUGCUUGCCAAAUGACACUCGCAAUGAUAUCUCUACUUUUAAUUAUCAGAUGUUUCUGCGUAGACUUUUUCGAAAAAAGUGUCAAGAAUACAAAUGCGAAAAUCCUUUCAAUACGGAUGUAGAUUUUGAAUUAUUACCGCUUCGUCAAAAAGUAAAAAUAUUACGCGCGCUCUGCGAUUUUAGGCUAGACGCCGAAGACGUAGAGCAAUCGUUAAGUAACUUGGACUCGGAUAGCCUGCGAGUCGAACCUUUGGGACAUGAUCGUAAGAAUUCUGCCUAUUGGUACUUCUACGGCACUCGAUUGUACCGGGAGGAUUACAUUAAUACUUCUAACAGUGCCUCACACAAGCAGAAAAGUAAGCCAAAGGACAAAAAACGUAAAAAACGACGGAACAGAGUGGCGAAAGAGGAAGAGGAAGAAAAGGAGGAAGCUAGUUUAAUAGAUAGCGAAAACAAGGGACGAGAGAGCGUUUGGCAAGUUGUGUGUUUCACCCAACAGGAUUGGAGCAGACUAGUCGAAAAAUUUCGUGAUUCGGAAUACGAUACCGAACGUAAACUUUAUCGUACAUUGUCCGAGGAUUUUAUGCCGGAAAUACCCAAAUUGUUCGAUCUGAAAGAGAAACAGCAGCGGCGUAAACUAUUGCAACGUAAUAGUUCGCGAGUGCUUCGUAGUCAAGAGCCCACGACACAUAUGGACGCAGUCAUGGUCAGAUCUAAGAGUAAGACUAAAACAAACAAAGGGACUAAAAAGGGGUCGCAACAAAGUUCAAAAAUUACUUAUAUUAAGGAAGAUUCUUCUCCGCCAUUACCGACACCGCCAAUUCAGAAGAAAGGACGACAGACAAAUAAUUCUUUAGCAUCAGCUGUUGGCCAAAUCGUAAUUCAUACCAGGGAUGAAGUGGAAGAUUUGGAGAAGAAAAAGGGUAUCAGCAAUCAAAGCGAUGGUAAUUAUGUAUCUUGUAAUUAUGGAUAUAAAUAUGGUUAUUCGUUCAGAAUCGAAGAAGAAGAACGAUGUGUCGGAAUGCACAAAGUUCUUGAAAGUAUUAAAGAUCAUGUGGAUGCCUGGCCAUUUAUUGAUCCCGUGGACGAAGAAUAUGCGCCAAGGUAUUACAGUGUCGUACGCAAGCCUAUGGAUCUUAGCACUAUGGAAGAGAAAUUAGAAGGUGGCUCAUACAAAAGUUUAAGUCAAUUUAAACACGAUUUCCGGCUUAUCAUUGACAACUGUAGGCAGUAUAAUGGCUCUGAUAACGAAUAUACGGAAAUGGCGAUUAAUCUUAAGGAAGCUUUCGAUAAAGCCGUGAGUCGGUAUUUGGAAUCAGAGACAUCCAGCGAUGAGGAUCCUACAUCUUCUCGAUCAUUAGCCGGAAUGCCUACGUCUCCGUCGUAUCCUCCGCAUCAUUUAUCUUCUUCCCAUCAUAACACACGUAAACGUUCGAAGAAAUCAACCAAAAAAUCCAAAUCGUAUAAACUCGAGAAUAGAACAAAGUCUAAGACUAACGAGAAAGUGGAUGAAGAUGAAAAGAGGAAUAAAAGUAUUAAAGUUGCAAAGAAAAAAAGAGGGAAAAAGAAGGAUAAGAAAGUGAGAGAAGAAUUAGAUGAAGAUGAGGAAGAACAAGAAGAUCAAGAGAAUGAAAGUGCAAUAUCCGGAACUAGUAUUGUAACUUUGAAAAGAAGAAAAAACGCCGAUGUAAAUAAUUUACUUAAAAUCAAAAAGCUACCUAAAGAAUCAGAAGAAUUGAAAACAAAUAAGAAAGGAAGCAAAGAGCGACAUCAAUCGAAAAAGGACUCGGAAAUUGUACGAUCUAUGAAAGAAAUGAAAGAAAACAAAAAGCGGAAAGAGGACUUUGAGGAAGAUUAUGAAUCUCCAGUAAAAAGCAAAAGUAGAAAAAUAGAAAAGAAAGAACUUGAGGAAACCGGAAUAUUGACAGAUAAUACUAAGAAGAGUAAAUUAAAAAAAAUUGAAAUAGAAGAAAGUGACAGAGUAUUUGAGGAAGAUAAGAAACAAUCUUCCCAUGUAAAAAUGAAAAAGAAUCGUAAGAAAGAGAAAACGAAUUCAAAGACUGCAACAAAGGCUGAUGAAAAAUCCGACAAGAUUCAUACAAAGCAAAAAGAUAAAAAAUUAAAACAAAAAAAGAAUCAAGAAUUAAAGAACGGAGAAUUAAAAAAACAAACAGAUUCCAAAGAUAUAGGAUUAGAAAGCACUUUAGAUUCGAAACAUACUCACAUCUCUAAAAAACUCUCUACGUUAAUCGGUAAUAAAGAUGUGGAUUCGCUUGAUAGUUUAAAAGAUAAAAUAAGCGAUAGAAAACGUGAAGAAAAAUUGAAAAACGAAAAAGAUAAGCAAAGAAAAACAGUAAAAAGCAACACCCUUACAUAUUCAAUAAAAGUGCCUUCAAUCAGUAAUAUUUUCCACGACUAUGACAGAGAUAGUGCUAAACGAUCAAAAUCGAAAAAAAGUACGAAGGAAGAUAAGACAGUGGAUGCAGACAUAAUUAAAAAACAAGAAUCUGAAAUCAGUGAAAAUAAGAAAGCUCAUGUUAAACAUACCAAAGGAAUGGAAGAGAAUUCUACAAUUCAAGCAUUAAAUCAAGCAACAGAGAAAACACUUCAUGAUAUCAACAAAUGGCUUGACGACGCGCCUAAGCUUUGUGGAUUCUCCUCCGGCAAUGACUCUCCAGUAUCUCACAUUCCUCCAAUCGAGUCUGGUCGAUCGAAGGUAGAGGUUGCUACACGUAAGAGGCCGAGCUCCAUUAAAAUAUUUGGUCCUCAUGGAUCGAGUCGACCAAAGAAGAUACAGCGAACGAUCGACCGUUUGCAACCCGGAAAAAGUAAAGGAAAUUUACUUUUGAAGAAACCGCUUAAUUUACCCAACAUCAAUACCAAUGACACUGCGGCACACGCCGCUAAUGAUAACGAUCAAUCGAAUAAGGAUCUUGAUGAGGAACCGAAGCUUAGUUUAGGUACUGUGUUAAAGAAUGUCGAUUCCAUACAUUUAAUCUGCAAAAGUUUGGUAUCGUCGCCUAAUCUUUCAAACGAUGAUGAGGAAGAGGAUCAUGCUCUUACUCCAUCUAAUGUUAAAGAGGAAAAUACAUUGGGCAUUAAGUGUACGAAGGUAUCAAGCGCAGCGGAGGAUAAAGAAACGAUUCAACCCAAGAAUACGGAGGAAGCGCAGAAACCAAAGUCCGCUACGCCGAAUUUGAGUGCCUGGUUUAAAGCCUUCGGAGCGCCAAAAUCAAAAAAGAAAGAUGAGGAAGUGGAAGAGACCGCGCCGACAAAGAAAGAUGGUGAUCUACAGGAAGUGUUUUGCGGCAGGCAACGACGAUUGAGUACCGGCGGUAGUAGUGUCAGUGAAUCGGUGUCUAGUUUCUCUCAGGAAUCACCACCGAUGAUUCCACGCGCGGCUCGUUCGCCGCAAUGUCAGCCCGCGAUGACACCGACCGAGCCAAUAAGAGGCGCGGGAUUUUAUCAAGACGCACUAUCAACCGGAAGCAGUCCUUAUAAUAGUCCUUAUUACGCGACGCCACCGAGAUACAGCGCGCAAUUGCCACCCACGCCAUCGCCGCAGAAUCCCCAUCCUUUGUCACCGGCUUAUCCAUCAUCCUAUGAGCAACAAUCACCCGUCUAUCCUCAGGUACACGCACAGCCGCCGUAUCAGAAAACGUCGCCCCAAGAAAAUAAUGAAGCAUAUUCGCAAAUGUCGCCGCAACGUUUUCCACAACAGUUGCCUGCCAACAAUCGAAAUCAAUCUCCCGUCUAUCCGCAGCAUUCUCCGCAACCGAUGCAAUCGGUUUAUCCUCAAUCAUCAGAUCGGACGCCGCCGUCAAAUUACUCGCAACCUUCGCCACAACAACCGCCUACGCAGAAUUAUUCGCAACCAUCUCCGCAACAAAAUGCGGUUGCUAAUUAUUCUCAGUCUUCUCCUCAAGCAAUCGUCAAUUAUCAAGUUUCUCCGCAGCAGCAUUCACCUUUCCAGCAAUCCUCUCCUCAAACACCGCCGAAUUACUCGCAAUCCUCCCCGCAGCAACAGCAACAGCACUCUCCGUACGCUCAAUCCUCUCCUCAAUCCGCUGGAUAUGGUCGCCUCUCACCGCAGCCGCCACCCGCGAACUAUUCUCAAUCCUCGCCUCAACCACCUAGCGGUUAUUUGCAGCCAUCUCCUCAACCGCCAAAUUUUUCCCCUCAGUCAUCGUCGCAAACACGCUCCGCCAGCUAUUCGCAACCAUCACCUUCGCAACCAUUAAACUCCUCGUACCCGAUUCCUCCUCAACUCGAUCGAAGCUACUCGCAAUCAUCACAUCAACAGCAACAAAUGCAGACUUUCUCCCAGCAUGCUUCGCCGCAAACGCAAACGUCUUCGUUUUCUGAACAAUCACCGCAGAAUAGCCCGUACUCGCAAACGUCACCGCAAUCAUUGACCAAUUAUUCGCACCAAUCGUCCCCACAACAACCGCCAACAUACUCGCAUCCGCUACACUCGCCGCAGACACCGCCGAAUUACUCACAGCUUUCGCCGCAACAAACACCUGGUACAGCGACGGCAGCCAACUACUCACAACCGUCGCCGCAACAGUCUCGCAGUUACCCGCAAUCUUCGCCUCAACGAAAGCCUACGUGCAAUCCAGCAACACCGUCACAACAAUCGCCCAAUUACUCGCAACCUUCUCCUCAACAGACGGCCAAUUGUUCUCAGCUUCACCCGAAAAACUCGGACGAAUAUCCUGCGGCUACGGCACCACCUGCUUCUUAUCCUCAGGAUUAUAAGCAAAAUCCCACGUAUGUCCAGCAGUCACCUACGAUAUCGUCAUCCGUGAAUGAAUCUGAUCAUCGGACGGAAUAUCUAAAAUCUAACGCUACUGAAAAGUCAGCAACGGGUGAUCAACAGAGGAACUUUCCCGUUCAAUCGGAAUCGUUAAAUCUAAAUGCAGCAAAUCAUCAGAUCUAUCAAUCAUCAGGUCAAUAUCCGCCAACAUAUCCGAAUAGUUUCUCUAACGUUGAGCUUCAGAGAUCUAUCUCGAGACACAGCGGCAGUCAGCAACAGACACAACAACAAUCAACGCCGCAGGAAUCGCGGCCCGGUUUUAUGGAGAUUCAGCCACGCGGUGGCUACCUUGGCAAAACAACACCGUCCAACAACAGCGGGGAACAAUUACCCGCGCCCUCACCGAAUCAGUUGCGGGCAUUCCAGGAGAACUUGACAACGGCUCAUGAGUCACUCUAUCCGAGUGGUUUCCAGUCUGGUUAUCCAUUACCGCCACCGAAUUCACGACCGGUGUAUCCUAGUCCGCAUUAUUUCGAUGCCGGCUCGAAAUCCGCUGGCGGCGGCGGUACGUCUGGUAGCCCCACCGGCAAUCCACCAAUGAAGAAACGCGUAUACGAAUCGCCGUCUAAUGGCAAUGGUGAAGCAUCCAGUUCGCGCGGUUUAUCGCAGGAGAGCGCAACGGCACGUCCGAGUCAGGAACAAUUUCCGAGUUUUGAUCCGAUGAUGACUCUACCUCAAUCGGAGAUCUCCGUUUCAGUCAGUCAAUAUGAUGGUACACCGACCUUCGUCAGCGGCCUGGCUGAUUCCAUGGCGGCUAAUCCAACAUAUGCGCGACUUAGCCUCGGUCUCGUAGGUCGGACACCACCGGAUCGUAAGGAACAACAGCAACAACAGCAACUGUUGACCAUACCACGACCGCCGCCAGCGACGAAGGCGGAACAUCUUGCUGCUUACGGUCGCAGUACUGCAACUGGCGCGGCUGAAUUUGAACAGCUUAAUCUGCUGCAGAGUCUGGCGCAGAAAAACAGCCAAGGUAUCCUAGCGAUAUCGCGAGGACGUGCCGGUGAGGGCGACGCGCGAACUGCGCCUCCUGCAGCUACGAUGACGCCAUCCACCGCGACACCGUCCAAGACGAAAAGAAACCGAAAGAGCAAACAUCCGCAACAGCAGGAGCAACAAAACGCGGCCGUCAUUACGGCCGUCACGACGACCGCUGUAGAUCAACAGCAAGCGGCGAGUAUUGCCGCUUUUCCGCAGUAUGCCGAUUCUAUCGGCGCUCUAAAGACAGCAGCCGCGGUCCCGCCCGCCGGCAGUGCCUUCAACUUCGCCGCAUCCACCAGCGGCGCGACUGCCGCGCCGUCGUUCUCUUACGACAAGGACGCUACCGCGGCGGCCGCAUUUGCCUUCUUGACGGACGAAUUUCGCAAUCCGACCAGCUAUUAUAAUAUGGCUCUACGGCAGCAGCAGCAGCAGCAGCAACAACAACAACAACAACAACAACAACAACAACAACAACAACAACAACAGCAGCAGCAGCAGGCGCCACCGGUACCGCCAACGGUGACGAACGCCUCGGGACAGUCUACCGCCUGCAACAAACUCGGGAAUCAACCGCCGAGGAACUAUCCGCCACCUCAUCCAUUUCUGCAUACGGCUGCUGCUGCUGCCGCCGCCGCUCAAAGAUCUUACGUUUCUCCGGUCUCCGCUUAUGUAACACCACAUGGGCCCAAUUUAAUGGAUCAAGCUGCCUAUCAGCAAUAUCUCCAUUCGCUCUACGCUCUUCAACCACCUCCACCGCAUCACCACAGACCAUCCUGGCUUUAGCCGCUAAGAUUUUUGGAAGAUCAAUUCAUGAUGAUGACAAAUUAAUCUUUUUGAUGAGAUGGACCUCGGAAUGUAACUUUGACGUAUCAGAGGACGAGAAAUCGUUUCAGAUAGAUCUAUCGUCGCGCCAUACUGAAUGUUAAUUAAAAGUCUCUUGGCAAGCAUGCGAGAGAGCAGAAUGAACCCCUUCGUUCCAUUUUUUAUUUUUUAUUUCUUUUUUUUUAUUUAUAAGGGACAUCCUCCUCGCGAUUUGUUUUUUUUUAUUGUUUUUUACGCAAUUGAUGGUGUGAGACUCUUUACGAAGCAAGAUAAAUAGAUCUUUGUAGAUUUCUUUGACUAUAGCUUUCUUUUUUAUAAAUGACCGACUAAUUCGAAUGUACCUUUGACAUUUUUACACCAUUCGUCGAAAGGAAGUAUAGCUUCGAUCCGAUAUAAAAAAAUAAUCUGUAUAUAUAAGAGACAAGUCUACUUUCCAUAUAGGAAUUUUUGAUAGUUUUCUAAAAUGAAACCGACAGGUUUAAUAGCUCUAAUUAAGUCAAAGUCGCUAAUGUCGAGAGUAUGUCGAUCACACGUCUAUCAAAAGUUCCUCCGUGCAAAAUGUCGGAUAAAAUAUAUUUGUGAGUAACAAGAAUAUUAUAUAUAUAUAUAUAUAUAUAUAUAUAUAUAUACAUAUAUAUAU